AUGAACUUGCUGUUGGCUCAAUUGUGGGAGAUCAUUCGCCUUUUUAAGGAUGUUCUGCGCAACAUGAAGAAGCUGGAGCGCAACUCCAUCGAGACGCCCAGCUGGAAGAGCAAGUUAGAUGAGAACUCCACUGCUCUGCCCGACGAGCUUUGUGCGGCGAUCGGUGGCUCGACCAUCGCACCAGGGCAGGGUGAAAAGCACUUGUUGCACGGAACGUCCCCGGAGCACCUGCUGGACAUCCUCGACCAGGGCUUUAACGACAAGCUGGCGAGCUUGAAAGGAAUGUUCGGAGCGGGCGCCUACUUCGCCGAGGAUCCGGCGCCUCGGACAGAGCCAAAGCCGACGGCGAAAGAGUCGGAAGAGAGAGAAAGACCCGUUGAUUUGGACCGUUGA